AUGGAGGGCAUCGCUCUUCUGACAGUGCUUUCGUGCUCGAUGUUUUUGGGCAGCUACUUCGCCGGCUCCAUUCCCAUGAUGUUCAGCAUGUCCGAACCACGAAUGCGUAUGGUAAGCAUAUUUGGAGCCGGACUUCUUCUAGGGACUGCCCUUUCUGUAAUUAUUCCCGAAGGGGUAGAAUCUCUCUACAGUGGAGUCGCAGGAAACCUCAGACACUUGCGAGAAAGAAAUAAUCGAGUAAAGCCGGAAGAGACACUUAUGAAUUCGAAGACCGAGAAGGAAGAAUCGCCGGCCAUUAUCUCCAGAGCAUUUAAUCGUGAUGUUACGAGUGGCAUCCUAAAUGGUGAAUCUGCGCUGGAUCCAACAGGGAGUGAUUAUAGCCAUAAUCACAUUUAUAGCGGUGCUCACCAGCACAUAGGUUAUCCUCUCGUGUUUGGAUUCGUCUUCAUGUUACUUGUUGAUCAAAUCAGUAGUGUUACUGGGUCUAGAAAUGAUCGUUCUGGGCGCAAUCGAAUGGGCAUAUCCGCAACAAUCGGGCUUGUGGUGCAUGCAGCUGCGGAUGGUGUUGCACUUGGAAGCACUUCUACUACUAACAAAUCGGAUGUUCAGUUAAUAGUUUUCAUUGCCAUCAUGUUACACAAGGGUCCAGCAGCAUUCGGUCUUGUAUCGUUCUUGCUACUGGAAGGAAUAGAUUCGAGAAGCGCACGAAAGCAUCUACUCGUCUUCGCCUGUGCGGCACCGUUCGCCGCUGUGCUGACCUUUAUUAUUCUGGGAAUGUCAUCUUCUGAGUCAUCAACAGGAAUGCUCAUGCUAUUUUCUGCCGGAACUUUUCUUUUCGUUGCAACAGUUCACGUGUUACCGGAGCUGGACUAUUCUCUCGUGAUAGAUGCACAAGCACUAGCCACCUCCGGACAUUCCCAUUCAGGUAAAAUUUAUAAUUAUAAUUAUGGGGUGAAACUCUUUAAGGUAUGGAACUCUUAA